AUGGCAGAGAAGACUCCAGUGAAGAAAGCAGUGAAGAAGCCAAAGACCCCGGCAGCUCAUCCAAAGUACAGCGACAUGGUGGCCACUGCAGUGGGAAGUCUGAAGGAAAGUGGAGGCUCGUCCCGCCAGGCAAUACUGAAAUACAUCAUGGCUAACUUCAAAGUGAGAACCGACGCACAUCUGAAGAUCGCCCUUCGGAACGGCGUGAAGAAAGGAGCCCUGAAACAGUCGAAAGGAACCGGAGCUGCUGGAUCAUUCAAGCUCGGAGAGAAACCUAAACCCGCCAAAAAACCAGGCGCUAAGAAAGUGACCAAGCCGAAAGCAGCAAAACCUAAGAAACCGGCGGCGAAGAAAGCGACUACAUCGGCGACGGCUAAGAAACCAAAGGCAAAGACACCAAAGAAAGCAGCUACCAAGAAAACCACGGAGAAGAAACCAGCCAAGAAAACUACCAAGCCCAAGACCCCUAAGAAAAAGGCUACCAAGUCUCCGAAGAAAGCUAAGACAGACAAGCCUAAGAAAGCCAAGGCUGCAAAAAAGUAG